AACUCUUGAUAGUACUUAUCUUUUUACUUAAAGAAAUUUCCCUGUAGCUUCUAAAGGAAAGUCUGAGGAAUAUCCUCCACUAUCAGAUCAAAAGUAUUCAUAAAUGGUAUAACAACUUAAUAUAUUCAGAUUUGUCUGCUUCUUUGAUUGGUUGUAAACAUGCAUUGAAUGUGAAAAACAAGUAGGAAGGUUUUGAUACAACUGAUCAACUGAAGGGAGAACUGGCAAAUGUCCCACUUCUUGUGACAAGCUUCUGAUUUAAAGCAAACACAUUCACCUAUAAGAUACAGUACAUCCUCCAGUGGAUGUGGUGAGUCGUUUUUGUCUUAAAAGCUAACACAUCAAAGGAAAAUCUCUAUCCCACCUACACUUGGCUUCCAUUUCCAUCUCUCUCUGGCUCUAUAGCCAGCUUUUUGGGGCUUUAGGUGAUGAGUGUCCUUGGUGAAAAAUGAGAAGGCUAGAGCCAAUGUGUCCAUGCUCUCUGCUCUGAAUAGGAAUUCACAGCAAUGCACCGACAGACUUAUGCUCAGUGGGCUUUUUGGCACGGUCCCCCCGCCGUGUGUGUGUGUGUGUGUGUGUGUGCGCGCGCGCGCGUGUGUGACUGUCUGUCUGGGAGAGUGAGUGCGGCAGCCAGUAUCAGCUAAUUAAAAUUUGAAAAAUGGGAAAUCCCAAUUUAAUUCAUCCCCAUGCCAAACGGGCGACUGGAGGUUUAUCAUAUCACCAAUACUCAUAACUGAUGAGGCACAUGCGCAAUCAGCUUUCCCCUACAGUCUAGCGCCAACUGAGCUCAAUCUUUAAACCGCGAGCAGCUGCAGACUGAUCAUCCGUUUGUUUGAGGCUGAGUCUCAUACACCGAGCUGGGCAGGAAAACUGUGCAAACUUCUGAUUCUGAUGACGAAUCAGAAGUUAAUCUGCUCUUUUUCGCACCUGAGUCGCUCUCAGUUUGACCAACACGACAAGGAUGGAAAGGUGAAAGUUCGGAUUUUCUAAAUCAGUAGUUUUAACGUGCGGUAAUCCGUACUACUGACAUAAACAGGGGAUGUGAGGGACAAGUUUGAAAACAGAAAAACUCAUAAAAAGGAGCUCAGCGGCGAGGAUGUACGCAGGUAAGAGAAAUCAUCCAUAUUUUCGCACUUUAGAGCAGAUCGCGUAUUUAUUUACUUAAAUGUCUGAGGGGACAAGAGAGUUGUUAGAAACGCGGGUGUCUCAAAUCUGGUUUUUAGGGUUUUUUUCUUGGCUGUUUUCUGACAUGUUUGUGUAGUUACUUUGUGCAAAGAAAUCGGUUUUUUUUUCUUUGUUUUGAAAGUUUCUCUUGUGCAUCGAUUCGUGGUGCUGAAGUAACAGCUCCCGACACUUGCUCGGUGCAGUUACUCCAAAAAAGUAAGAAAAAAAUGCAACACGGAUUUUUCUUUAAAAAAAAAUCAAAGUAGGAAAUCCGUUUUUCCCCUUUUGCGUCAGCGUGUGGUGGCUCAGUGCCUGAGCGAGUGGAGGAUUUGGGCUGCUGUUGCUGCCUCUGUUCCUCUUCUGCACCCACUUAAUAUGUUCUCAGAAGAAGGGCUGCAAGUAAAUUUAACAUGCAGCAUGGCAGUGAGCCACACAUCUUAUUUACCUUAUUGUACAACAAUAAUGAAUUGAAAACAGAGUCCGAAGUUAUAAAUCUGCCUGUUUCCCAGGUCACAAGCUGUGACAGACAGAACAUGCAGCACGAACGUCCACAGCCUAUAUCAUAACUGUCAUUUUUGUUUUGCUUUUUGUCCCUGGAUGUGCAGCAACAUGCCAACAUGCCACUUUGGUGAAAACUCAAAGCAAGUUCUAAGCAGACUGGUGCCCCUGGGCAAGAUGAUUUAUUUGGGUCACAUUUUAUGUAAUAGGUACAAAUGUGGUGCAAGAUAUGAUUUCAUGAAACUUUUUUUUCUUUUUUUUAAUGCAUAUGUACCAUUAGGUGUCCUUGAACAGCUUCUUGGCAGACAGCAGUCCUCUCACCCAGCAUAAAUCUUGACGAAAAAAAAGAGGAUGCAAAGAUAAGAGUAAGAGUUAAGGAAGCAGAUGGUAGAAGCAGCUUGUUCUCUCACUCCCAAGCUUUGAACCCCACACCCUUGCCUUUAAUAUACAUUCAAGGAUUCUGCUGAGUGUACUGAAACAUAAAGCACAGACAAAGAAAUCCUGCUAAGCUCUCGUUUCCUUUAUUCCUUGAUUGUACCUCUCCUUACUAUGAUUUCACACACUGUUGACUUCUGUACAGUCUGGAUAUUUCUCCUAUUCAUUGAGGGGGGAUUUGCACUGGUGCAAAAGAUUAAAGAUUCAGGUGCAGGGUCGAAAGCAGUUAACCCUUCUCUACGACCACAGCGUCACUGUGGAAACUGGGUACGAACCACUGAUGGCGGCACUUUCAGUUCCCCAAACUACCCAAAUACGUACCCUCCAAACAAGGAGUGCCUCUAUGUGCUGGAAGCCCUGCCUCGCCAGAGAAUAGAGCUGAUGUUUGACGAAGUCUUCCACAUCGAGGCGUCGUUCGAAUGUCGCUUCGACCACAUCGAAGUGCGGGACGGUCCCUUUAGUUUCUCCCCGCUCAUCAAUCGCUUCUGCGGCUCAGCCAGUCCUGGACUCAUCCUGUCGAGCGGACGCUUCAUGUGGAUCCGCUUCUUCAGUGAUGAAGAGCUGGAGGGGACUGGCUUCCAGGUCCAGUACAGCUUUGCUGCAGAUCCUGAAUUUCAUCUGCAUGUGGGAGGACUUUUAAACCCCAUCCCAGAUUGUCAGUUUGAGCUGUCUGGAGCUGACGGUGUAAUCCGUUCAAGUCAGGUGGACGAAGAGUCCAAAGUGAAGCCAGACCAGGCAGUGGACUGCAUCUGGACUAUACGUGCCCCAACAAAGAACAGGAUUUACCUGCGAUUUUUGGAAUACCAGAUGGAAAACUCCAAUGAAUGUAAGAAGAACUUUGUGGCUGUUUAUGAUGGCAGUAAUGCUAUUGAGGAUCUAAAGGCCAAGUUUUGUAGUACAGUAGCUAAUGACAUCAUGCUGGACACUGGUGUGGGAGUAGUGAGGAUGUGGGCUGAUGAGACAAGCCGUCUCAGCCGCUUCCGGAUGCUGUUCACAUCUUUUGCUGACCCACCCUGUAUGAGCGGUGCGUUCUUUUGCCACACUAACAUGUGCAUCAACACUUCUCUGGUGUGCAACGGCAUACAAAACUGUGUCUUUCCUUGGGACGAAAGCAACUGCAAAGAGAAAAAGAACAAAGGUCUUUUUCACCAGAUCACAAAGACUCACGGGACAAUAAUCUGUGUGUCUACGGGGGUGGUGCUGUUACUCCUAAUUGUCUCCAUUCUGGUGCAAGUCAAGCAGCCACGUAAGAAGGUGUUGGUUCGUAAGAACAACUUGUUUCCUCGUGCUGACUUCCAGGAGGUGUUUGACCCUCCUCACUAUGAACUCUUUAAUCUCAGAGACAAGGAGAUUUCUUCAAGAGACCUUGGGGAGUUGUCAGAGGAGCUCCAGUCCCUACAAGCACUCAGGAGGUCCUCGUCAGGAUCGCGCUGCAUACAUGAACACCAUUGUGGCUCUCUGGCCUCUAUCAACUCCAUUAAAGGCAGCCUAGGGGCGCAAGGCCUGGGAAGGGGAUCCAUGGAGCUUCCACCUCUCAGAGUAGACUUCCAAAACUCCUUGCCUCCCCUAAGAGAUUUCAACAGCAGUCUGAGGAAGAAGAGCUGGCCCAGUAUGAAAUCAGGCCGAAUACAGGGCCAUCAUGGUAUGGCAGAGAGAGCUCUGGGGCGGCAGGACAGAGUAAUGGAAGAGGAAGAAGAGGAGGAGGACGGAAGGUAUGAUGUGUAUGUGCGUAGAGGUGGAAGCCGAAGAGGCUAUGAAAUGGCCCAGCAAAGAUCCCUGUCCAUGGACUUUUGAGGAGAAAACACAAGAUCUGCGUUAGGGUAGGUAAACACUGCCUCAACUUUAGGGAGGAGCUUUUCAAAUUUACAGGAAAAAGGAAAAAGAAAGAAAACCAAUGGCUUGUGCAAGUACACUUUCCUUCUUCUCAGUAAGGCUGGAAAACAUAGGCUCUGUUAAGGAGCAACAAGAAGAUCCUCAGGCACUGCCAAAUCUGCUUAUAUACUGAAACAGCAAACAGAGAGCUGUUAUCAAGUCUCUGACACCGGUGUAAAAGUGAAACUAAAAAAAAAUGCUGUAUAGUGUUCUUGUCUUGAUGUAUUUUGUUGAAUACAUUUAACUGUAACGCGAAUAGAUGUUGUGGAAGUAUGUUUUGAGUCAGUGUGUAGAAGAAGUGUGAUUACAUUUUGAGUAUUAGUGAAAAAACUACAUUGGUUAAAAACAAAAAGGUAAUUUCCACACCUCUGACUUCAGAAAAGUCAGCUCCGAGUUAAAGUCGGUUUUAGUUUUACUGAAGGAAAGUCUGGUUGUUCUGCAAUCCCCUUUUGGGCAUGUUGCACAAGUACACAGGUUGGAAAUUUUACAGUUAUGUCACUCUUCAGUGACACACCUGACCUUA